AUGGCGGUCGUAGAUGGCCCUGCCCUUGGGAGCGAUGCCCCGGCCGCCGCCCCGGCCGCUCCAUGGUGGCUUCCCUACUGCGCCAUGCUGGUGAUGCUCGAGUUUGCCCUCUUGGCCCUCUGGUUCCUGGUCUCUUCGGCUCAGAAGAUGUGGAGCAACAGCAGAAGGACGGAGGUGCAGCAGGAAAGCUUGGACACCGAGCCAGUGCCUGGCAGUGAGUCCGGGCACUUGCUCGUGGCCAACGCGGCACCUUGCGGCCCGCGGGGGAAAUGGGCACCUUCCUACUCCACAGAGCCCACGGAGUUCGACAGCGGCAUCUGCCACGGAUCCUGGCUGUGCAUUCACAAGCCGACAGCAGAUGCCGAGCGAAUGAAGGCUGGAGACUAUCCGUUUGCUGAUCAUCUGCAUACCAGGAAGCGACUCUGGGAGUUCCGGUUGCAGCUGAAGUUCCGAGAGUCUGUUCCGGCUGGGAACGUUUUCUUCGGUUGCGAGCAGGAUCGAUAUUAUCAUGUCGGCACG